AUGCUGAGGAAAAGGAGCAGAUCAAACCAGAAGAAUCAACUGAUGGAUCAAUUGAUGUUUGAUGCUGUUUCAGAGCCUUAUUAUCAGUCUGAUAGUUUAGGUCAGAAAACCAGAAAUAAUCCCUUUCUUAAUGCUCCUCAUCUAUUUGUGGGGUUCAACCCCAAGAACUUGGAAUCUGAUUCAGUUAGAAGCCCUACUUCUCCUUUAGAUUUUAAGUUGUUUUCAAAUUUCGGCAAUCCAUUUAGGUCCCCAAGAUUAUCAAACGAGGGGCAUCAGAAGAGAUGGGAUUGUAGUAAAGUGGGCUUAAGCAUUAUUGAUUGUCUCGAAAAUGAAAGUAAACAUUCGGAGAAGGUUCUCCAAUUGUCCAACAGUAGAAAUAUUCUCUUUGGACCACAAAUGAGGAUAAAAUGUCCAAAUUUUCGAAGCCACAAUGAUUCUUUUGAGGCACCAAAAUCACUGCCUACAAACGUUGCAAUUUUUCCUUGUACCCUAGGUAAACCAUCAAAUCUUCAAAAGGGGAAUUCUAAUGUCCUGUUUGGGAUUGGAGAAGCCCCAUUUGAAGAGGAAUCUGGUGGAAAUUUCCGCUCUUUUUCAUUAGAUUCUGGAAGGCCUUUUUCACAUUUAGCCAAUUUUGCUAUCCCUGAGCCUGACCAGCGAUGUGGUGAUUUCAAUUCCAAGAACUCAAUAAGGCCAAUGCCUUCACAAUCAGGAGUUCUUGGAGGAAGCUUUAAGUUAGGCAAUUCAUCUCAGAAAAACCUUAGUUCAAUUCCAGAAUCCACUGGAUCCGGAACUGGUUUAAUUGGAAAUAUCCCGCCUAGUGAGAUUGAGCUUUCUGAGGACUAUACGUGUGUGAGAACACAUGGCCCCAAUCCAAAAGUUACACAUAUAUUUGGUGAUUGUGUUUUGGAAUGUCACAACAAUGAAGUAACCACUUUUUUCAAGGAAAACAAAGAGCAAAUCUCAUUGCCGCAGGCGGCAGAACUCUCCCAUUUUGUUGCUUCUUAUCCACCGAUUGAUUUCUUAAAAUUUUGUUACUCUUGCAAGAAGAAAUUGGACGGAGAAGAUAUCUACAUGUAUAGGGGUGAGAAAGCGUUUUGCAGUUGGAGUUGCCGCUCGCAGGAGAUUUUGCUUGAUGAGGAGAUGGAGAAAACCAACAAUAUUCCUCCGGAAAACUCUCACAAGUUGAACAGCUUUGAAGAACAUUUUGAGACCACCUUGUUCAUCGAUACAGAGGAUGCUGUGGUUGCAGUGUCUUAG